GUACGCCUCUUUCCCUAUCAUCCGGAGCGGCCCAAGGAGCCGGGCGACCUUCCAACCAUCCUGGGAUACCUCUUUACUGACCAUCGGCCAGUCUCGACAAAGACACGGCCAACGUCCAAAUCCUCCUUGCAAAUGGAUGUAGCCGACCCCAACCCGGGUGCGGGGAGUGGCGCUGGCGAUGUGUCACCAACCGCCUCGAGCAACGCAAAGGCGAGGAAGAGGACCAAGACCGGAUGCCUGACCUGCCGCAAAAGGAGAAUCAAGUGCGGCGAAGAGAGGCCUACCUGUGCCAACUGCAUCAAAUCAAAACGACAGUGCGAAGGCUACAACCAGCGCGUCGUCUUCAAGCCUCCCAUCGGGGACUGGCCAAACCAUCCAGGAGUGGUGACCAACCUGCAAUAUCACAACUCGAUGCUUCCCGGCAGCCGUGCACAAACUUACCGUCCCACUGCCUCAUCGGCGCAGGCGUCUGAAAACACCCUCUCAUCACUCCAACCCCGACCGCUCAGCCACUUCGAUUACCGAUCGGAAACCCCACCUGCUCUUGACCACCUCAAUACCCAGCAUGCCUACACCGGAACUGGCCCAUCCUACGGGCAGGACGGUAGCUACAGUCAACCCCUCGCCUCACCUCAACACCAACCACUACAUUCUCCUCAGCAUCAACUGCCAACGCCCACAAGCGCGACGUCUUACUUUCCUCAGACGUCGCCGGUGCAUGCAAGCUUCCAAUCACAGUAUGCUCAGAAUGCUGCACGAUAUUCACCCACGCAAUACCAAACCCAACCUUCUCACGACCAGAAUUAUACGUACGGGAGCCACUCGCAGGCACCCAUUCAACCGCCACAAAUUAGUUCCGCGAGCUACAGCCAGGCCUACUCACUGGCAGCCUCACACGGAGACGAUUCGCAUUCUAUUUACCAACCUGUUCAGAUACCCCAGCAUGACGUGUCUUCAUCUGUAGCGUAUAUGCCCCAGCAUGCUGUUUACGGUAUGUCUCAAUCUGCUACCGCGACUACGGCGAGAGACCUCCCCGUCAGUGGUCUUGGCCGCGACGACCACAUCAGCCUCACACAAGUCCUUGAGGAGGCUGCUGUAGAGGAAGUUGAUGAUGACUACUGGGAUGUUGACUCGGACGCAGAGAUGGCGGAUAUGCCAGGAGCGCCUGAUGAGGACGCCAUGAUCUUGAGUCGGGAUUUUAGUCUCAUGCGAAAGAUACAGUACCAGCAUACGAACGAGUUGUCUUUGCGACGAUAUGAUGCCUUCAUCUACGAAGGUGUCUUGGCAUCCUACAAAGCGGAGCAGGUUGCAAAUCCGCUGAAGAAUCCCAGAACCGCAAGAGUGUUUGCGCACUUCAUCCACGUCACGGCACCAUCACUCUCAAUCUACGAGCGAAACCCGCGAAACCCCGCGUCCCUGUUCGAAGGACCGACCCCGCCGUCACAGCAGAACCUGUGGACAUACAUCCUACCGUUGAAAGCUCUGAACCAUCAGGGGUUGCUGCACGCUAUGCUGGCAUUGGCGAGCUUACACAUCGCAAUACUACAGCGUGCUUCGGUAACCCCAUCGUACAAACAUUACGCGUACGCAUUGAAGCGGCUUGGAAGAUCGCUUGCCAACCCCAAACGACGGCACACCAUUGCUACAGUUGCAACAAGUCUACUCUUGGCCUUUUACGAAGUGAUGACUGCCGAGCACGUCAAGUGGUCAACCCACUUAGUUGGAGCUGCGCAGCUGCUUUCCGAGCUCGACUUUCCCUCGCUUACCCGAGAAGCCCGCCGUUUGAGAGCGGCCCAAGAGGCUCAAGAGUCAAAGUUCCUCGCCGGUCUCGGCGGUGCAGAUCCACUACCGACGAUAGAUACAAUGAUGCCCGACGAAGGUAUGGUCAGUGCGAUAAUUGGGAAAAAGGUCAGUUAUGAAGAUUUUGGGAGGGUGCUUGAACCAGGCGAAGAUGGCCAAGAGAAAAGGUCCCCUUUGCCAGGAAAGUUGGACAUCAAGACGUUUGAAACGUUGCAAGAUCUGCAGUGGUUUUACAUGCGCCAUGACGCCUUUCAGAGCAUGGUCAGCGGCAAUCCCUUGAUAACACCCUUUCGCAAGUGGUCCAACUGCCCCCCUCGCGCACCGCUCGGCCGCCCAGACGCCGUCUUUGGUACUCAUGACCACGUCGUUCUUCUCAUCGCUCGUAUAGCCGACUUUGCCGUUCGAGAUCGCCCGAGGAAGCUCAAACAAGUGGAAGCAAAUGGGGGACAGUGGAGGCCGAGCCCCAAUAUGCCUGGCGGCAUGCCUACGGGGCCACCAUCUGCGGCAGCGGGACCUUCGGGGUCUUCAAAUACUCCGGCCACACCCAUGAGUCCCCAGCCACAGCUGCAUGGGACCCCUGGCUCCAUGUCUACACCGGUCGCUGAACAAGGAUCAGGACCACAGCAAGGGCAUAGACCACGCGCACCACCUCCCAUGCCGGCGUUCUAUGGUAUGGCACCAACUCAAGGUCCGUCGGCACUUCCCAGAAGCUACGCGACACCCGAAGGCUUUGCCUAUGAGCAAUCCCCCACAACUUCCAAUACUCCCCACCCAAAAUUUGCAGAUCUUCCUGCUGCCCUUGCAGCAGCAGAAGAAGAGUGGCAGGAGAUGUCUCGAGCCCAUGCCACGAUCGCAAGCACUCUCACCAACAAUGAGGCCUUUUCACCUCUCAGCGAUGACCUUUACCCAGUCGCUCCUGGCGGCAACAUGACACCCUUUGGGCCGGCCCUCGUGCACCGCAGCUACGACAUAAGCACAAUUUGGACGAUGCUCCAUCUUUCUAAGAUCUUGCUCAUACGGUCGCAUCCUGCAAUGCCCCCUGCUGCAACGAUAGCAGCUGGCGUUGCCGCAGCAACAACCAAACCCUACGCCAUGCUGAUCGGACGUGUCUCUGCAGGUAUGCAAGUGCCGGCUAGCGACGAUAUACCGCUUAGUCCCUUCCUCGGUGCGGCCCUCAUUGAGACCACGAUGGCACUUUUCUUCGCAGGCGUGCAGUAUCAGGAACCCCCACAGCGCGCUUGGCUCAUCAAGCGCCUACUAAGUAUCGAUCGUCGAACGGGCUGGGCAUCCGCGGCAGUAAUCGCGCGUGCGUGCGAGACAUCCUGGGAAAGAGCUGCAGAAGCAGGGAGAGGGCCGCGAUAUGAGGGUAGGAAGACUCGACCGUAUGGCGAAGACGGACCGAUAGUACUCGACGGUGAGGGAGACGAAGGAGGAUGGGGUGGCGGUGGAGUGGUGAGGGGGAAGGUGUUCACUGUGAUUAGUGACGACGCGAGGUAUACUGCGAUGGGGAGUGUGAGAGUGCCGUGGGCAAAGAAUGUGUUGGCCAGUGAGGAGGAAUUGCGGGCAGAUAUGGAGAGGGUAGAGUUGAAGGGUCGCUGAGUAAACCACCGGGUACAAAGUGGACUUGCCUUUAUUGCAGAGGAAAAGACCCCUCGCUUGGCUGGGACAUGCGCCAUCCUGUCUUGACUUGCUGACGCGACAACGACACGCAAGGACACUCGACGGCCUCACCAUCGUUGGACGACGGUGGACCCGACGAGAACGAAGUCAACCAUUUUCACCUACGAACGAUGCGACACUCAACCGUUUUAUGAACCUUAUCCUCCGGGCGGAACAAAAAUUAGAUUUGACAUUUUACGGGCUAGACAAAUUUCUGGGCGCAGGUAUUGGAACGCGACCUGGAUCUUUUUCGCGGACUUUGGCCUCUUUGGGUGCGACGACUCGAUCACAAUCACAAUGACAU